UAUUGAAACAGCUGUUCGAUACAGGCAUUUAAAACUUUUCACAUGCGCUGUGCGUAGACAUAAUUUAAUUAAGAGACUCAUUCGUUAAGUAGACGUAUUAAAGCAGCAACUGGUACAGAAUGGCGGACAGCGUAGACUUGGGAAAAUGUUUUGAGAUUAUUAACAAUCUCACAACAGAGGCGGGUCGGUUGAUUGCGCGGAACAAUGAGACGAGGCAAGACUUUGAGUGCAAGUCCGGAGACAUUGAUUUGGUCACGCAAACCGAUCAGGAUGUCGAGAAGCUAAUUAUGGACGGUAUUCGCCAGCAUUUUCCGGAUCACAAAUUCAUUGGCGAGGAGGAGAGCAGCUCCGGUGCCGGAGUCAAUAAGCUGACCGAUGCGCCAACCUGGAUAAUCGACCCCGUCGAUGGUACCAUGAACUUUGUGCACGGCUUUCCGCACUCCUGCAUUUCCGUGGGUCUCAAGGUAAAUAAGGUUACGGAAAUUGGCAUAAUCUAUAAUCCCAUGCUGGAGCAGCGGUUCACGGCUCGCCGUGGUCAAGGUGCCUACUACAAUGGACGUCGCAUUCAAGCCAGUGGACAGCGAGAGCUGAACAAAGCGCUGGUCACCAGCGAGUUCGGAACCACGCGCGACGAACAAAAGAUGAAGGUGGUCAAUGAGAACUUUGCCAAAAUGGCCAAGCAUGUGCACGGAUUGCGCGCGCUGGGAUCUGCUGCUUUGAAUAUGGCCAUGGUGGCCCUAGGUGCAGUUGAUGCCAACUACGAAUUCGGCAUUCACGCCUGGGACGUCUGCGCCGGUGAUUUGAUUGUGCGUGAAGCAGGCGGCGUUGUCAUUGAUCCAGCCGGCGGUGAUUUUGAUAUCAUGUCACGCCGUGUUCUGGCCGCUGCCACCCCCCAGCUGGCCCAAGAUCUGGCCAAGCUGCUGACGCAAUAUCAGCCCCUACCAAGAGAUGAUUAAAGCAGCGCAGAGGGAAUCAAUAUGUCAAUCGGCCAACUCUUCAAGUUCUCUGCAGCUGACGCCUAACCAAAUAGCAUUUGAUUACUGUUAACCAAGUACCUUAAACGCAAUUCCAUUAUUAAUCGAAAUAAAACUGUUGACCUAUAUGGGCAAACAGAUGUAUACUACCA